CGGGCUCAGCCGCUCGGCGACCUCCGGGAGUCUUUCUCCCUCGGGGAGCCCGGAGCGGGAGGCGCACGCGGGACUGAAAGUGGCCGGCACGGCUGCGGCCGCGGGCGCGGUGGGAACGCGUGACCCAGCAUGAGCGAAGUCCCCUGCAAGAAACGUGAGGACUAUCUGGAAUGGCCCGAGUAUUUCAUGGCCGUGGCCUUCCUGUCGGCACAGAGGAGCAAAGAUCCCAAUUCCCAGGUGGGAGCCUGUAUCGUCAACGCAGAAAACAAGAUCGUGGGCAUCGGGUACAACGGGAUGCCCAACGGGUGCAGCGACGACCUGCUGCCUUGGAGGAGGACAGCGGAGCGGAAGCUGGACACCAAGUACCCUUACGUGUGCCACGCCGAGCUGAACGCCAUCAUGAACAAGAACUCGGCUGACGUGAAGGGCUGCACCAUCUACGUGGCCUUGUUCCCGUGCAACGAAUGCGCGAAGCUCAUCAUCCAGGCAGGUAUCAAAGAAGUUAUAUUCAUGUCUGAUAAGUACCACGAUAGCGAGGAGUCCACCGCCGCCAGGCUCAUGUUUGAUAUGGCUGGGGUCGCCUUCAGGAAAUUCACACCCAAGUGCAGCAAGAUUGUCAUUGACUUUGAUUCCAUCAACAGCAGGCCCAGCCAGAAGCUUCAGUGAGUCCAGUCCCAUUAAACCAGGGGAGGUGGGGAUAACCCUCCCCCAGGGAGCCGGAGCGCCUUUCACCUGCAAGUUACACGCGCCUUCCCGUCGCCGGGCAGCACACGGAGACGCACAGCUAAUCCGCACAAAGCCUCACCUCCCCGACUCUCCCGUCGCACGGAGUCUGCAUCUGACUAAGCUACUGAUUUAGGGUUAAGAUAAGGGGCCUGGGCCCGGCCCGGCUCGAGGGGCUGGCGUGGGGUGCCUUCCCCUUGGCGUGCCGGUUUGCCGGGGUGCAGGGGAGUGUCCCCACGCGCGCUGUCACCCACCGCAUGGCACAGCUGCUGCACGCGGCUGCAUGUGCUCGGCGGACAAACAACCAUCGUGCCCUCGCGGGAAGAGCCGGCGCUGGCGGGAACAUCUGGCCCCAGUGAAGCAGAGCGUGUAGUGCCCGUGGAAACGAACGGAGGCCCACACGGCAGCGUAAGCUUUAGAGUCGAGGGCCCCCCGCCUGCUGUCCUCACGGUGGUGGCAGAGCUGAGUUCUGGGCACGUUCUCUGCUUUUGCUGUCCUGCUCCCCACAGGGGAGUGGCUUCCUGUCCCUCUGGGGGUGGGGACUCUGUGCUCUUAUGUCUCAUUUUUGGUUUGUUGGUCACAUAUUACUUAGUUGUUCCCAAGCAGACAGCUCAUCCUGUCGCCCCCAAGACCCCAUCCUGCUGUGGGGGUGGGGACUGUGUGGAUGGGCGGCCGUCAUGGGUCACUCCCAAGGCCACUCCCAAGGCCACUCCCAAAGCCACUCCCAAGGUCACUCCCAAAGCCACUUCCAAGGCCACUCCCAAGGCCAUUCCAAAGCCACUUCCAAGGCCACUCCCAAGGUCACUCCCAAAGCCACUUCCAAGGCCACUCCCAAGGUCACUCCCAAAGCCACUCCCAAGGUCACUCCCAAGGCCACUCCAAAGCCACUCCCAAGGCCACUCCCAAAGCCACUCCAAGGUCACUCCCAAGGCCACUCCCAAGGUCACUCCCAAGGUCACUCCAAGGCCACUCCCAAGGCCACUCCCAAGGUCACUCCAAGGCCACUCCCAAGGCCACACCACAGCCUGGGAGUAAAGGAUUCCUAACCUGUAAGUGAGCUGUGCAGAGAUCUAGGUGCCUCCAGUCGGUUUUCACCAGAUCUGGUGACAGGGCCUCCUGGCUCCGCGCCUCCCUCCUCUGACACUAAUCGCAGGGAGGGGGGGAGGGCGGGGCGUGGCUGGCUGGACACCUGUCUUUAAUCCCACUCAGUUUUUAUUAAACGUGCUCAGUCCCUUUGUUGAGAAAGUGGUUUCUUUAUCCUGAAGAUUAUGACUGAUUUUAAAGGGCUCUUACAUUUUUAUGAGUUUUUAUUUUGUCUCUGAGGGUUUGUACUCGGUAUUCCAGGGCACUUUGUAAUUUGGCUCCUUACCAACAUUAUUAGAAUCUUAUUAAAACCUACCCCAGCGAAGGACGUUCGCUUUUAUCUUGUAA